AAAAAGGUAGAAAUGUGACACACUGAAAUGGCGGAUAGGGAUGAUGGUUCCCGGAGGUUGGAACACACCAUUGACAACGUAGAAAACGGAACUAAGAAACAAACUUAUCAACAAUGGUUGGACCAUUAUCUUCACUGUCAGCUUGCCAACAGUGUUAUCCUGGUGCUGGUUGUUUUAGACAGUCUAAUUAUCUAUAUGCUUCUUCUGAUUGAUAUUGGGAUUAUACAUGCACUUUGCACUUGCUCACUGGCUGAGGACAAUCAUAGUUCAACAAUCAAUGGAAGCUCAACUGCAGGGUUUACAAACAAGGUGCUUCCAGUACCAAAUAGCCAGGUUAAUUUAGCUGGAGAGAUUUUACAUUAUAUCAGUCUUUGUAUUUUGUGUCUGUUUAUGCUGGAGGUUAUUUUGAAGUUGGUUGCAAGGAGUGGUGCUUUUUUCAAAUAUAAACUCGAGGUGCUAGAUGCUGUGUUAGUGACGCUGGUGUUUGUAAUUUAUGUGGUGUACAGUUUUGAUAUCAUCCCCAGUACAGCCAAAGAUGGGGUUGGACUUCUCAUCGUUUUCAGACUCUGGAGGAUAAGAGAAGUUAUCAGGGGUGCUGCAUUGGAGUUGAGAAAAGAAGCCAUAGAGAAGUUUUCUAGAGAAAGAAAAGCUCGCAUAGAGGCUGAGUGUAAAGCAGUGGAAGCAAUAUCACAGCAGGAAUGGGACCAGAGAGAAAUAAGUAGCCUCAAAGAGAAAUUAAGCCAGUAUGAGGACAGAUUGCAGCCCAGCACUCAAGCUCCUGAGAUAAAGUCAGCACUCAAGUCAAAAAGUAGCUCAACAAAGAAAACUGAGCAAGGUGGUGGAAGGUUCAAGAAGAAACCCACUUCCCAGCCUGUCUUCACUGACUUUCAUGAUGACCAUGACCAGCACACAGAUGACCAUAGAAUCUCAUUUGAUGAUAAGAGAAGACUAUCAGAGUCCAAGAAACCAAAGAAGUACCAGCCUGCAAUAACAUCAACAGCAUUUGGAUAUGACAAUGAAUCAUAUGAUGGUUCUCUGGAUGCCAAGGAGGAAGAAAAGGAUGUUGAUAUACCACUGAAGUNCUUACAGGAAAGAAACAUGGGUCUAACAUACAGCUUCAAUUGGCAACACAGUCUGUUUGAUUUUGUAAGAUUAUUAUCUUGA